CAUCAUCACCAAUGGUCCAUGUUCUCUCAUGCCAUCGGAUGCUAAGAGAACUACCCCGCCAGCUCCAACUACCACCACCACUACUCCAACUCCAACUACUAAAAAGACUCCAGCUACUGUUACAACUACCACUGCGGCCAAAACUACCAAGUCUACUAAAACUAUCCCGAAGACGCCAGCGGUACAAACGAAGGAGGAUUUAUCCGCAAGCUGCUCUUUCGAGUCAAAAUGUUCUUGGAUAAAUACGGACGGAGACGAGUUUGAUUGGCAAGUUGUCUUUGGGAUCAUGGGUGCCCCGAGCAGAGGACCCAAGUCCGAUCACACCAUCGGCAAACCCGGCCGGGGGAAGUACGCGUACAUUGGAGCUGGGAGACCCAGGUCCGCUGGAGACAAGGCAUGGACUACUACGAUCGAGAGCUCCAAGGCAACCAGCGGACGCUGCCUAUCGUUCUGGUACAACAUGAAUGGCCGACAGACUGGAACUCUCAAUGUGCUCCUGCGGUCGUCAGUUGAUGGUAAUACGACCGACCGAAUCAUCUGGCGAUUAAGUGGAGACCAAGGAGAGAAGUGGCAGAAAGGUCAAACACCAAUCUCCAGCAAGGUCGCCUUCAACAUCAUAUUUGAAGGAAUUAUAGCAGAUGGCAUCGAAAGUGCAAUCGCUUUGGAUGACAUCUCAUUUAAACAAGGCGUGUGUCCAGUUCAACCAAAAGCCGCAUAUCCGGCCAAACCGACAACCCGCCCGCCGACCACAGUGGAUCCUUCUAUCAACUGCGCGUCCGAGGGCCUACUCUGCCCAGGACAGGAAUCUAGCGGUGAUGGAGAAAUCGAAGACGGGAGUGGCGCACUUCCGACUGAAGAGGCUGUGAAGAUGCCUAAACCAACGGAAGGUAUAGAACCACCGACGCUCGACUGCGACGGAGAUGACUGUGGUGCGAAGACGCCGGACACACCCGCAUUCAAACCAUUCAAAUGCGAUUUUGAGAACUACACGAUUUGUGGCUUCAUUGCCGACAAAUCAGCGGACUUCCCUUGGAGGCGAGCCAGCGGGAGGACGGAAUCCAAGAACACGGGUCCAGCCAGUGACCACACCAACAGUACGAAAGACGGUUACUACAUGUUCAUUGAGACGUCCUACCCCCGACUGAAGGGAGAAUCGGCUCUCCUCCUCACGCCAUCAUUCAGCCCUUCCACCGCGUCCCGGUGUCUCUCGUUCUGGUACCACAUGUACGGCUCCGACACGGGCAGCCUCAAGGUAUAUUUGGACGAAAAUGGUGAUAGGGGCGAGGCAAUCUGGACCAAGUCUGGGAACCUCGGUGACCGGUGGCACCAAUCCUAUGUUAGCCUGCCGCUUAGUAGACUCAACGUGCCCCACCAGGUAGUUAUGGAGGGCGUGGUCGGCACGAGUUAUCAUGGAGAUAUCGCCAUCGACGACUUUGAGAUUAAUGAAGGUCUAUGUCCAAAUGCCGGGGCAUCGUGCGACUUCGAGUCCGAUACUUGCGGUUACACAAACUCAAUGAGAGGCAGUAUCGCUUGGACGAUACGGAAGGACGAUGAGGGGUCUGAAAUGGGCCGUUCUUCCACAGGUGGUUCACAGCUGAUCAUGAUGGCCGACAAAAAAGGUUUUAAUGCUGUGCUUGUGAGCCCCUUGAUCACACCAUCCCCAGAGGGUGACUGUCUAUCCUUCUGGUACAGAUUGACAGGUCCGGACACUGCCAGCCUUGAGGUCAGUCUGCAGCAAGGAGAGACUGAAGGAGUUCCAAUAUGGAUGAAGAAAGGCUCACAGGUUGACAAGUUGGUCAAUGCUAGGGUUACAAUUUUAGAGAAGAAGGAAUACAAGAUUGUCUUCAAAGGUUUAGUUGGUGAUGGAGACGGAAAUGCAACAUUAGAUGACAUCGCAUUUACCACUGGUCGAUGUCUCAAUGAGGGCAAGUACCUGUUAGAAAAAAUUGAAUCUUCAGAAGACAUUUGA